UUGAUGUUAUUCCUCUACAUCAGCAAGUGGGUAUAAACUUAGAUCAAAAUCCUCUUUCUCAAAAAAUCACAAAUCACGAUAAAUAUCACAUGAGGAGUGUUGUCCAGGCAUAUUACCGCUGUACCAAAUAAUCCCCUCAACCAGCUUAUUUAUAUACCAUCUUCUUCACCUUCUUCUCUGAAACACCAGGUUUAAUUAACUACCACCUUUUCUCUUUUUUAUUUGUUGUUUGAAAUAUGGCAUCAAAAGCUGAUUUUCUCCUUCUAGCUGUGUUGUUUAGUUUUAUGUUUUUGUCUUGUCGAGCCAUGAAACAUGAUCAAUCCAAGUUCUUCAACUUAAUGAAAGCAUCUUUAUCGGGAAAGGCCUUAUCUGAUUGGGAUGUUAUUGGAGGGAAACCUUAUUGCAAUUUCACCGGAGUUAACUGCAACGAUCGAGGCUAUGUUGAAGUUCUUAACUUCACCGGCUGGUCACUGUCCGGCAUCUUUCCCGACGACGUGUGCUUUCAUCUGCCGGAGCUUCGUGUUCUGGAUAUCAGCCGCAACAAUUUCCAUGGCAACUUUCUGAACGGAAUCGUGAAUUGUUCUUCCCUGGAAGUGUUCAAUAUGAGUUCCAUAUAUUUAAGAACAAAGCUUCCGGAUUUCUCCAAACUGGUCUCUUUACGUGUUCUUGACUUGUCGUACAAUCGCUUCAUAGGCGAUUUCCCCAUGUCCAUAACUAAUCUUACCAAUCUCGAGGUGCUCUACUUUAAUGAAAACGAUAAAUUAAAGCCAUGGCAACUUCCGGACAACAUUUCCAGGCUUUCCAAGCUCAGAAUUAUGGUUUUCACGACAUGCAUGUUGUAUGGUCGGAUCCCAGCAUCAAUCGGAAACGCGACAUCGCUUGUUGAUCUCGAGUUGAGUGGGAAUUUCCUGUCCGGUCAAAUUCCUAAGGAGCUUGGAUUGCUGAAGAACUUGAAGCAGCUUGAACUGUAUUACAACCAGUACUUAUCUGGGACAAUACCCGAAGAACUUGGAAACCUGACAGAGCUUAUAGAUUUGGACAUGUCGGUGAAUCGAUUGAGUGGAAACAUUCCAGUGUCUAUAUGUCGACUUCCAAAACUUCAAUUCCUUCAGAUUUAUAACAACAGUCUUACAGGAGAAAUCCCUGGUGAAAUUGCAGAGUCAACAACUUUGACAAUCCUUUCACUUUAUGGAAACUACUUAUCGGGACAGGUUCCACGAAAUCUGGGGCGUUCGGCGCCUAUGAUUGCUCUCGACUUGUCGGAGAACAAUAUUACAGGUCCAAUACCGACAGGGGUUUGUCGAGGAGGUAAACUGUUGUAUUUGCUUAUGUUAGAUAACAAGUUUUCUGGGAACUUGCCUGAAAGUUAUGCAAACUGCAAAUCCCUUUUAAGGUUUCGAGUUUCUAAUAACCAUUUGGAGGGAUGGAUCCCUGAAGGACUGUUCGGUCUCCCACAUGUUUCGAUCAUUGAUUUAGCUGACAAUAGUUUCACGGGUCGUUUCCCAAAUUCAUUUGGAAAUGCUAGGAAUUUAUCCGAACUGUUCUUGCAGAACAAUAAGGUGUCUGGCUUUUUACCUCCUGGAAUCUCUGGAGCUGUCAACCUGGUCAAGAUUGACCUCAGCAACAAUCUUUUGUCUGGUUCAAUUCCUUCACAAAUUGGGAAUCUAAAGAAUCUGAAUUUACUUAUGUUGCAAGGUAACAAUCUCAGUUCUGGGAUCCCCGAAUCGUUUUCUUUGUUGAAAUCUCUUAAUGUUCUUGAUCUUUCCAACAAUCACUUGACUGGUAACAUUCCAGAGAGUCUGAGUGAGCUUUUGCCUAACUCCAUGAACUUUUCAAACAAUCAACUUUCUGGUCCAAUCCCUCUGUCAUUGAUUAAAGGAGGGUUGGUUGAAAGCUUUUCAGGCAAUCCAGGUCUUUGUGCUCCAAUCCAUGUCCAAAAUUUCCCCAUAUGUUCACACUUUUACAACCAAAAGAAGCUAAACUCGAUGUGGGCAAUCAUAGUUUCUGUCUUAGCCAUUACAAUUGCAGCUGUCUUGUUACUCAAACGUCGUUUGAGUAAACAAAGAGCUGUAAUGGAACAUGAUGAGACCUUGUCCUCAUCAUUCUUUUCAUAUGAUGUGAAAAGCUUCCAUAGGAUAUGUUUUAACCAACAUGAGAUCCUUGAAGCAAUGGUUGAUAAGAACAUUGUAGGCCAUGGAGGAUCUGGCACAGUGUAUAGAAUCGAAUUGCAGAACGGACAUGUUGUUGCGGUGAAGAAACUAUGGAGCAAAACAUAUAAAGACUCGGGUUCCAAAGAUCAGUUGGUUUUCGACAAAGGAUUGAAGACAGAGGUCGAAACUCUAGGAAACAUAAGGCACAAGAACAUAGUCAAACUGUAUAGUUACUUUUCGAACUUGGAUUGUAACCUGUUGGUUUAUGAAUACAUGUUGAAUGGUAACCUUUGGGAUGCUCUCCAUAAUGGAAGGUUCGAUCUGGAUUGGCCGAUUCGACAUCGAAUCGCACUCGGGGUUGCACAGGGUUUGGCAUAUCUUCACCAUGAUAUUUUGCCACCCAUCAUUCACCGAGACAUCAAGUCGACUAACAUCCUACUCGACGUCGAUUACCAUCCGAAAGUUGCAGAUUUCGGAAUAGCCAAGGUUUUGCAAGCUAGAGGAGGGAAAGAUUCUACCACUACUGUCAUUGCAGGCACCUAUGGCUACUUGGCCCCUGAAUAUGCAUAUUCAAAUAAAGCGACAACCAAGUGCGACGUGUAUAGUUUCGGAGUGGUCUUAAUGGAACUAAUAACCGGAAAAAAACCAGUGGAGACCGAUUUCGGAGAAAACAAGAACAUCGUGCUCUGGAUCUCGGCGAAACUGGAGACAAAGGAAGGUGUUGUGGAGGUGUUAGACAAGAAGUUGUCCAAGACAUUCAAGGAGGAAAUGGUUAAAGUUCUAAGGAUUGCAAUGCGGUGUACAUGCAAGAAUCCAUCACAACGUCCAACCAUGAACGAGGUUGUUCAGUUGUUGAUUGAAUCAGAGCCUUUCAGAUUAGAUUCUUCUUGUAAGUCACCAAGUAAGAUCAAAGAAGCAGCGAAUGCCAACAAAAUAAAGAACCAAUCAGAUAUAUGAUGUAGUUUUUAGGUAAAGUUAGCCACUAGUUUUUAAUAGAAUAGUAGGGAACCAAUCAUAAAGAACAAUUUAAGCUUUUUCUUUUCUAUAUACUUGAUAGGUGGGCUGUAGAUUCUCUCCAUCUUUUUUAUUUUGUUUCCAUCUCGUGUAAGGGACCAGGAAUUUUAAUCACUAUAGUUGCUUUAUGUAAUCAUUGAAUAGCUUUUCUUUCUCUUUA